ACGUCAUUUUUGGCGCCGGAAAGAGAAUUGUAAACAGUUCAGGGGGCGUGGUUUCACAGCCUUUUCCCUCAGCUCAACCACCGUUGUUUGCAGAUUUACUAGAAGUCUGCUCGGGGGGAAAAAAAUACAAAUAUCAAUAAUUCAACAUUGCUGUUACGGCACCGAGCACAACGACGAAUCGGUUUCUACCAAGUAUCUGGAACGCGAGAACAGGAUUGGGUAACCAUGGAGGCGGGAGAGGACCAAAACUCUGGCUCUGCCAAUGGUAACACUCAGUCAGGGGGGAACUCCCGCGCCCCCCAGAUCGCUCACAUGUCUCUGUAUGAGAGACAAGCUGUACAGGCCCUGCAGGCGCUGCAGAGACAACCCAAUGCAGCUCAGUACUUCCAGCAGCUGAUGCUGCAGCAGCAGAUAAACACCGCUCAACUGCAUAACCUCGCCGCUGUGCAACAGGCCACUCUCGCGGCCAGUCGUCAGUCCAGUUCCCCCAGUAACAGUGUUUCCCAGUCCACCAGCAGCACCCACUGCACUGUCAACCUAAGCACCUCUGGGGGUGGCACCAUGACUAACCCGCGGCCCAUCGGACCCGUCACCACGGUCACGUCUUCAGCCCUCAGCCAGCCGGUGCUGCUGGGGGGGAACACUCCUGGACAAGGGCAGAACCUGUACCUGAGGGUCAACCGGCCCCUCAGGGCACCACUGGCCUCCCAGCUCAUCUUUAUGCCUGGUGGCACAGCAACAGCUGCCGUGGCAACAGUUGCUCAGCAGCAACCGCAGCAGCAGCAGCAGCAGCAGCAGCAGCAACAACAACAGCAGCAGCAACAACAGCAGCAGCAGCAACAGCAGCAACAUCAACAGCAGCAACAGCAGCAGCAGCAGCAGCAGCAACAGCAACAACAGGAAAUCCCUCCUACCUCCAUGGGCCAAUCAGACAAUGACCAGGUUCAGAACUUGGCCAUGCGCUGUGUGUCCACUCCUCGCGUGGCAACAGUGAAGACUGAGUUCCCAGAGCGGAAGGAUGCAGCCACAUACUCCAUCGCCCAGCAGCAGCAGCAGUUCUCCCAGGCAGUGCACCAGGGCCCAGGUCCCCAGCAGCUCCAGACCAACCCACAGCAGCUCUCCAACCCCAAACUGGCCUCUUACGCCCACCCCAACGCUCCCAGCAUGCCUGGCGGCAUGGGUGUCAAGGGCGUCAGCCAGCCCAACAUGGCUGCCAACCCCGCCGCUGGCGCCGGCUCCGCUGCCUUGCCGCCCUCCUCCUCCCCCUCCCCCUCCAUGCCCCUUUCCCAGCUUCUGCUCUCUUCGUCGGGGCUGUGCCAGGCGCGCGCCGUGACCACGGUCACGCCAUCUGCCACCGUCACACACAUCCUGGUGCCCACCUCCAGCGUGCCCACGUCCUCGCAGGGCUACACGGUGGGCACGAUGGCACCCAAGGCCAACCUGGGCGCCCAGACUCUGGUGGUGCAGCCCAUGCAACAGCAGCAGCAGGGAGUAAACACCGCUGCGGCCGAUAAACUGUCACACAGCGCCACGCCUGUGCCCAUCCAGCCCAAGACCAUCCAGGUCCACCGGCUGCCCGUGCAGAUGCCCCCACGCCACCCCCCUCCCAUCCUCCCUGCUCCCCCCAGCAACGGGCAGGCGGUGGGGGGGCACCACCCGCCCCACGUCCCUGUGCAGCUGGUCGGAGCCAGACAGGGAACUCUGGGAAACUCCCAAGCCGUGGCACUGGCGCAUGCCCGAAGCUGCUUCGCCCAGGACGGCAGCGUAGCCCUGGGCAACAAUAACGCCGCACCCGCCGGCAAUGGCGGCAACAUGGUCACCAUGGUGACGUCCAUGGAGACGGGGGCGGGAGGAAUGUGCCUUAAGACUCCCCAAAGUGCCGUGCCGAUCAGCCAGCUGCCAGGCAGUCAGCAAGCAGUGUUGAACCCCAACCACUCCUCCUUCUCCUCCUCGUCCUCCACUCCACCCGUCUCCAUCCCCCUCUCCAUGGACGGACAUAACCAUAACCUGGUGUCUGCUGUGGCGCCCUCCAGUGGAGACUCUGUGUUCAUGCAGUCCGGACCAACACCGGUGAGAAUGACUAAGCCUGUGACCAGCUCCUUGAAGAGGAAGUCGGAUUCUGACGCCCCCAACGACCUGUCAGGAGAGCCCCUCCCUCACUGCUGUCCGUCAGUGCGAGACUCCGCCCCUCCUCUCUCACCAGUACCCUCCCUUGACACAGCUCCAGAGACAGCCUUUUCCUCUCCUCCCACUCUCCUGCCGCUGCCACGGGGCGGUGGUUGCCUGGGCGACCGGGCCCCCCUCCCCCAGGCUGUGGUGAAGCCUCAGGUGCUCACUCACCUGAUUGAAGGUUUCGUCAUCCAGGAGGGCGCCGAGCCCUUCCCUGUGACUGGAAUAGUAAAGGAGCGAGCAGAGGGUUCCAUGCCCAUGGCAGUCCCGCCCAACAUCCAAUCAGAAACUGGAGGCUCUGCAGUGCUGAAGUGUGAGUACUGUGAGAACUACGCUCCAGCCAGCCAGUUCGGAGGGACCAAGCGCUUCUGCUCCAAGACCUGUGCAAAGAGGUAUAAUGUCAGCUGCAGUCAUCACUUCCGCAGCAGCAGGGGGAGAGCGGGAGGCGGUGGUCCCCCCCCGGCCCCCCCAGAGAGGGACGCUGUGGCCAGGCGCAGGGGUCCUCGCAGGAGCAGCUCUGAGAUUGCCUGCGCUAAAAUAGCAGGAAGGCAUUUACCUAUGAAGUGUCGCUCUGAGUCUAGCCGUUCAGAGGACAUCUCCAGCUGUGAUGGUGAGGAAGAGGAGGAAGACUCCCUGUCCCUCUCGCCAAGCUCCUCCUUCUCCUGCCCUCCCCCCGCCCACUGCGGGCCCCAGUUGGACGGCUCAGCCCCUGGCGGCCUGCCAUUGGACGGGUCACAUUUCCUGUCGGGCAGCCCCGCCCACUGGAGUGUGGAUGAAGUGUGUCGAUUCAUUUCAUCUCUGCAAGGCUGUGAGGACCUGGCGCCUCAGUUCCUGUCGCAGGAGAUUGACGGACAGGCGCUGCUGCUCCUGAAGGAGGAACACCUCAUGUCCACCAUGAACAUCAAACUGGGACCAGCGCUCAAGAUCUGUGCCUCCAUCAAUAACCUGAGAGACUGAGGAGGGGGGGGGAGAGGGUGUGGUUGUUGUGUUGGGUGGUGGUGGUGGUGGUAAUGGGUGGGGGGGGUAUGUGAGAGGGUACAGGUUUGACAACCUGAGAGACUGCAGAGGGGAAGGGAUUGGAGGGGAGGGGGGCUGGUUGGGGGUGCUACUUCGACAACCUAAAAGACUGAAGAGAUGAGUUGGGGAGGGUUCGGAGGUCAAGGAUGGCUUGGGGGUUUUAGUGACUGAAGCGGUGUGUGUGUUUGUGGGGGGGGGGGGGAAGAAGAGAAGAGAAGAGAAGAGAAGAGAAGAGAAGAGAAGAGAACAGAACGCAUCACAGCUGGGCCUUCAUCAACAACCUGAGACUAAAGAAGAGGAGGCAGGGAAGGGGUGGGGGGGGACAAAGUGAAUGUUAAUCUGUAGUUUAGAAGGGACACAAAUAUAAGGAAAUGACUGAGGAGACCGCAGAAUUAUUUGGUCGAAAUCAGAACAAAAGGGAUGGUGUGGAUGGGUGCAAACUGUGGGAGGGGAGGGGGGGUGUUGGGGGGUAAAAGAAUGUUAUAUGGCCUUAGUGUGAUACUCAAGCAUGACUGAAUGGAGAGAAAGGUGUGAGGAUGUAUAAAAUGAGCUUUGAAUUACCUGGACAUUGAAUGUGCAACAUGUGCAACCUUUCUUUUGUUUUAGUUUUCUGUGAGUGAUCAUGUUAUCAUGAUGUGAAGUCUGUUACAGCCGAACCAGGAGAGCUGGAAACCGUUAUAAAGUGUGUGUGUGUGUGUGAGAGUGUGUGUGUGUGAUGGAUAGGUGUGUGAAAAUGUGAGGGGGAGUGUGUCAUUCGAGACGUAUAGUCAAAACGUGUGAGUGUGCAGAUAUGAUUACAUUAGGUAGUCGCCAUUACUCGGGUAGUUGAACAAUUUAGACGUUAGCUCUGAGAAUAUGCAUACGAUGCCUUCUUCACUUCUAUGUAGUGUUACAGGUUUUUUUUUACAGUAGAGACGGGCAGUGAAGACAGGAUCUGCAGUGACAGUUGCUCUUUCAUUCCAUCGAAAUGUUUUCAAAGACAGGGUUAGGGUGUUCAUGAAACAGUCAAACUCUGUCAGUGUAGAAAAAAAAACUAAAAAUAAACAAUCAUAGGAAACAAAACUAAAACCCUUAGGUAUUAUUUUUUCUACAGUAGCUAUUAGGGGUACUUUUUUUCAUUUAUACUCAAAAAAAAAAAAAAAGAUAUUGAAAAUAUUUUUUGGAGGGCAGUUUACAUGAAAGCUGUGCAUUGAGUAGCAGUGAUGGAAGCGUUACCCGACCGAGCUGCAGUACCUGCAGCGUGCAUGUGCGAGUGUGGGAGCGAGUUUGAGAUCAUGGGUGGAUUGCGAGUGAGCCUGUUUCUCCAUACACAGAAAUAUUAAAUAAACAGAAUCUGUUUUUCUCGAA